AUGCAGAAAUCUUUUCUCACCUGUGGCAGUGGAAGAACAGCUAGAAUGUCAAUUAAAAAGUACGAUGAUAAAUAUCUCUUUGCUAUUGCCCAAGCAUCUUCCACUAAAACACCUCUUCCAAAUACUCGCGAAGAAGGAGCAAUAAAGCGGGUGACGGAUGCGAUAGAGAUGUUGGUACGUAUGUCACAUAGAGGCGCUUGUGGUUGUGAGACAAAUACUGGUGAUGGAGCUGGUAUUCUCGUAGCUCUUCCUCAUGACUUCUAUAAGGAGGUGGCCGAGUCUCUUGGGCAUACUGUACUUGGGUGGCGCAUGGUCCCCACAGAUAACUCAGGAUUGGGCAAAUCUGCUUUGCAGAUAGAACCUGUUAUUGAGCAAGUGUUUUUUACACCUACGCCUCGGUCAAAAGCUGAUUUUGAGCAACAGAUGUAUAUAUUAAGGGGGGUUUCAAUGGUGGUAGCUAUUCGAGCUGCACUAAACCUCCAACAUGGUGGUCUGAGGGACUUCUACAUAUGUUCUCUUUCCUCAAGGACUGUUGUCUACAAGGGUCAGCUGAAGCCCAAUCAGUUGAAGGAGUACUACUAUGCAGAUCUUGGCACUGAAAGGUUUACAAGCUACAUGGCCCUGGUAAAUAUAUUUUUCAUUUACACUUCUUCUUUGUACACUGACUCCAUACUUUGGCAACGAACAGCAUGGGAUGAACCAGUUAACUGGAGAGAUUUCAAGAUACACUCUAGGUUCUCAACUAACACAUUUCCGAGCUGGGAUCGUGCUCAGCCUAUGCGUGUCUUGGGCCAUAAUGGGGAAAUUAACACACUCCGGGGAAAUUCAAGACUCAUGUUGACAUUGGCCUGUACUGGGGUCCGGAAUGCAGAUUCUAGUGAUUUACCACUGAAUACCUGCAAUGAACCUUCUAGUACCCCCAGGAUCGCGUUCCCUAAAAACUAUGCUUCCCCUGAUGAAAUCCAUUGA